AGAGAGAGCGAGAGAGAGAGAGAGAGAGAGAGAGAGAGAGAGAGAGAGAGAGAGAGAGAGAGAGAGAGAGAGAUUGGCAGUGUGUUCACCUGAUUGCGGGGCUUCUUUUCAUCUUCUGCCGCAUCAGGGUCAUUUCACCCGCGGCGUCGAGGAUGAAGUGAUCGCGACACCUGCACGGGGUUACAUCUACACUGAAGCUUUCAGCUUUCACCCACAGCAUGACCAUGAAGAAGAGCAAACCGAUUGCUCUGGACCGCGAUAUUCAUUCCUUGCUGGAUCUGAUCGGCGGCUCCGGUGUCGUAGUCGCCGUGGGGAUCAUUGCCAUGCUGUCGGUGUGCGCCGCGUUCUUCAUUUACCGAUCCUUUAGAGGUCAGCCCAGGAAGAGUGACGAGGAUAACGGCAGCGAAACGGCGGGAGAAGAAGCGAGCUCGGCUCGGAGAAGGAAAAUAGAGAAGGACGAUCGACCAACCGAGUCAACAGGUGAAUGCCAGGAUGGAAAGCGUUGCAGCGAAUCCGGUAACCUCUCUGACACAGACAACAUGCUCCUUCCCACUGAGAUAUCAGAGAAAGACCUGAAUGAAAGCACUCUCAAGGAUUUGGAGGAGAUUACAGAUGAGCUUCUAACAGACUUAGAACCUGAAAUGCGUGACAAAACAGAUUCUGAUCUGGAUCAGUGGGUAGAAAUGGAUCUUGAUGAAAACACAGAAUGUGAGGAUCAUAUUCAGCAUGAGGAUGAUGAUAAUGGUGGACGUGAGGUUUUGGCUGAUGUGAGUGUCCGAUUGACACAAUUAGAUUGCCAACGUGAGGAAUAUCUCAACAAAUCUGAGACGGGACUGAGUGUAGACACAGAUGAACCAUCUGAAACUGAAAGCGCUCUAGAGUUCAUUUAUCAGAGACAUCAUCAAGAUCAUGUCACUGUGUCUUCUUCAGACCAAGCGGUUAAACAAUCCAAUCCUAUUAAGAUCCGUUUAGAGGAAGACAACAAGACGUCAACAGUGGAGGAAGCGAGCAAGAAGUUUGAAGAUCACCAUGACUGCCGUUUUCCACCAACAAAUAACUUCGACUGCUGUUGCUAUGACAAUAAGACUAUGGUGAACCACAGCAACAGGUUUGACUUCCACAACUACUUGGGUUUCCAAACUGAUAAUACCUUCCUCGUUGGGUCUUCAACACAGGAGAGCGUCUCACAUGAGUCUGGUGAGAAGAAAACCAAUGAAGAAAAUGCGUCAAAUGAGGAGAAUCAUGAAAAGAAUGAGAUCAGCAUCAUGGACGCCAUUAUGGACAAUAACGAGUGGUUAAUCGUAGGUGCGUCAGAGUUCAGAGAUCUUCCCUGGCUUACUGCAAACAGCACUGAAGAAAAACAUACGCAGCUGGAAAAAGAAGGCCAAGUCAAGACUGGUUUAGCCAAAGAGGACGAAGAAACAGCGAAUAAAAGAGUAGCGACUGUACCGCCUUUGUCGCAAGUGGUUAACGUAACCUUCAGGAUUCACUACAUCACAUACUCUCCUAGACAGCUGGUGGCUGUUACCGGGAGCUUGCAGGAGUUGGGGGCCUGGAAGAGUUUCGUUCCGCUCCACAGAGCCAAGGACGGGUUCUGGGCCAACACGAUCACCCUCCCUGUGGAGAGCCAGGUGGAGUGGAAGUUCGUCCUGGUGGAAGAUGGAAGGAUCUCUCGCUGGGAGGAGUGUGGAAACCGUUAUCUCUUUUUAACCAGCCAAGAUGAAGAAGUCUAUCUUGACAAGUGCUGGGGAUGUUGCUGAACACAGAGGUGACUAUCUACUACACUCUUAAAAACAAAGGUUCUUUUGGAGCAUAUAUGGAGCAUCCAUGAAGCACCCUUAACAUCCGUGGAACCUUUCCAAUAUGUUCUCUGCACUAAUACAAAAUAAAAUUAAGAACUGUUCAUCAUAAUGUUCUUUGAGGAACCAAGAAUGGUUCUUUUAGAACCUUUAUUUUUAAGAUUGUAUGGCUGCACGAUUAAUAAAAAAAAUAAAAAAUGAAAUCACAAUAUGGCUGCUCCACAUGAUCUCCAUCUCUGAGUUUGGGUCUCUUUAACAUGUAUUUGGGAAAGCAACAUGCUCCAGUCUUACCAUACUUGUAGUGAGAGACGAACUUUGAGGGGAUUUGUCAAAAUAAACGAUUGGUUUAAUGUUUAAUAAUAAUCAUUCUAAUAUUAUAAAAUGUUAUUUAGCAAUACUGAUAUAAAAUCAUAAAAUUCUGGCCAAAUUGUGCAGUCCUACUAACAAGCACAGCACCCUUGAUUUUUUUAAAAAGAAAUUACAUUUUAAAUCACAAUUGCAAAUUAGAUCAAACAUAGCAAAUCGUGCAGCCUUACUAUCUUCUUCCAACUCUAUACAGCAAUAAUAAUCCUUAGUGCAUUAUUGAAAUCCAAUACAGUAUGUAAGAUUAUAUUAUAAUGUUGUUGAUUGUUAAUGAAAUAUUUUAAUAAAGCAUGAGGCUGUGGAACUGUUACUAUAGCAAUAAUAUUAUAACAUUUCAAAUAUGCACUUUUUUACUUCAAUAAAUGAUAUGUGUCUUGAUUAUAUCCAACUGUACUGAAAACUAUAAUCCUGUAACAGCGGUGUACCAAAAUUGAGAAAAUCCACUAAUAAUUCCUUCAUGCAUAAGGGAAUAAUCCUAAUGCUUUCAGAGGUUGAAACAUCUUUUUUGAAGUGUAUCUCCAUUCUGAGAAUGUGUUGUGUGCUGUAUUAUUUUAAUAUAUAAUGUUGCAACACUGAUCUUUUCAUGAUGUCACUCUUAUAUUUAACUUUAGCCUGGAAACAUACUCUAUGCAAGUGAACAGACGCCUGGUUGAAUGAAUGAAUUAAUAAAUAAAUAAAUGCUUGGUUGAUGCAAAUAUACAGUCUCAGUUCUCAUAUAAGAAACCUCAGGUGGAGUUUCCUUCAAAUAUUACUGAAUUUGUUAGUCAGGUUUCUAGCUAUGCAUUUGUUGACUUUGGCUUAACCUUGUUAAGUGUUAAAACUGAAUGCUGAAAAGUCAACAAGUGCUAAUUUCCACUUUUGCCUUGUGGCGAUCCUGACCCUGUGUCCAAAAUCGAAUAAUUUGCUACUA